AUGGUAACUAGAGUACAGACGAGGAGACAGCUUCCCGAGUUUCGGGAAGUCACCAAAGUGGAGCCCGAAAGUACAACCAUUGACCUAGAGAGCCUGGUGGGGGACGAUAUCCCGGGGGACGAUAUCCCGGGGGACGAAAUCCCGGGCGACAGCAUCCCGGGCGACGGAAUCCCCGGCGAAAUUCCGGCUGACAACAUACCGGACGACGAUAUCCCCGAGGACGACCUCCCCGACGACGACAUUCCGGCUGACAACAUACCGGACGACGAUAUCCCCGAGGACGAUAUCCCGGACGACAACAUUCCGGAGGACGAGAUUCCGGACGACGACCUCCCGGACGACGAUAUCCCCACGAGGAUAUCUCUGCCGAUCCUGAACCCGCCGAGGUCAGCGAUACGGAGGAGACUGAGGCGGCCGAGCCAACCCUGA